UACUGGUCCACUCCUUCUAUUAUACAUCUCUUCUCUCUCUCUAACACUAACACAACCCACACACAUUCUCUCUCUAAGCCCUUGCUCUCCCUACAAUGGCUUCUCUCACUCCAGGUAUCCUUCUAAAGCUCCUCCAAUCCAUGAACUCUAACACCAAAGUCGCCGGCGAGCACCGUUCCGCCCUCCUCCAAGUCAUCGGCAUCGUUCCUGCGCUCGCCGGCUCCGAUCUCUGGCCCAACCACGGCUUUUACGUCCAGCUCUCCGACUCCCUCAACUCCACCUACGUCUCCCUCUCUGACCGCGACACCGACCUCAUCCUCACUAAUCGUCUCCAACUCGGCCAAUUCGUCUAUGUAGAUCGCUUCGACUUCGACUCUCCCGUUCCCCGUGUUUGCGGCAUCCGCCCAAUUGCUGGCCGCCACCCAUUUGUUGGAAGUCCUGAACCACUCAUUGCUCGCAUUUCCCCUUCGAAAAAGGAUUUUGUCAUUCAGCCCGUUUCAGAUUGGGAUCAGUCGGUUGAUCCAAUUGCGGCCUAUUUGUCGAACAAGAAAAUUGACGAUGUGAAAAAUGAUGGUAAGGAAUCGAAAAUUGAGACCAAGGGGGAAAAGGGUAGAACAAGGCAGGUUCUUGGUACUAGGGACAAUAAUGGGGAUUUGGACGAAACUAAGGUUUCGGAUAGGCCUCAGCGGUUCUCAUCUCCGGCAGGUGCGAAAAGAUCAGUCUCUGCUGGGAAGAAGAAUGUGGCGGUUGUGGAGAGAGAUCCGUCUCCAGCAGGGAAAGGGAAAAGGUCAGCGUCACCAGUACCAUCUAAGUGUAUGGUUCCUAGUUUGGUUGUGGCACGAGAAGAGAAUAGGAAGACAUCGAGGGAACCUGCAAUUAUAGUGCCUUCGAGGUAUAGGCAGCCAUCUCCAAAUGGGCGGAAACAGGCCUCACCCAAUGCAAGGAGAGCUUCAAUUUCUCCAGGGAGAAGGUUGUCAGGCGGUUUGAAGUUUUCUCCUGCUGUUGGGGGUGCCCCAGAUUCUACUAGCAAGAAGAAGAUGGCAACUAUAGUUGCUGGGAUUUCAAAGGUUUCUGAAGCUCUGGUUGGGUCUGCAAAGGCAGGUAGGAAGAGUUGGGACGAACCACCAGCGGCGGUGGGCUCUGGGGAGCUGAAAGAGAAAAGCCUUUCAAAAAUUAAACCAGAUGUGCAAGCUAUUUUGCGAACUCAGGCUGCUAUUUCUAGGCGUCUAAGUGAUGUGCAUGGUCGACAAGCAAACCAGGAUGAUUCUUCUACCAAUGAGAAAACAAAACCUAACUCAGCAGAAGGAUGUCUGGUACCAGAGAAGCCGACCUGUGAGGCUCCAGCAAUUACAGUUCAUGAGAAGAAAUGGACUGAUGGCAGUGUUCCAUUGGAUACAGUCUCUUCCAGCCUUGCAAAACUAGGAAAGGAGGCUAUGCAAAGGAGAGUUCUUGCUUCUAAAGCCGCAGCUGAAGCUUUGGAAGAGGCCAAUGCUACGGAGUCUAUUAUAAGGAGUUUAAGUAUGUUUUCAGAGCUUUGUUCAAAAUGCAAGGUUGGAAAUCCUUUACCCACUAUAGAUCGAUUUUUGUCAAUCUAUGAUGAAGUCAUGAAAUCAACCGCAUUCGCUGAAUCAGUUAGCACUAGUCACCGCUCUGACAUACCUCAUGACAAUUCAAAUUCUACUUCUCUUUGGGUUGAAGCUGCUUUAGCCACUGAUCUUGGCAUAGUCUCACUCCUAACGGGCCUGAAUAUCGACUCUCAGCCAACAUUGCAGAAGAGUACAUCAAAACGACAGGCUCUCACUGCACCUGCCAAAAACCAUCUGAAGGUUUCCUCAUUGCCAGCUUCAGAUCCUACUGUCGGUUCAUGGAAGAGGGGUAAUGGGAUGAAAGAGACCAUAGAACUUGCAAUGAAUUUGCAGUCUGAGAUGCAAAUGUGGUUUGUGAAGUUUGUUGAGGAGUCCCUAGAUGCAGGUUUCCGGGUGUUUAGGGAGUCCAAGGCUGAUGUCUGCAGCAUGCUGCCUCCAGAAUGUGGCCCAAUUGCAGCAAUCUUAUCACAGUUGAAGAGAGUAAACGAUUGGUUAGAUCGCGUGGCUUCAAAACAAGAUGAGUUGCUGACAGAAAAGAUUGAACGAUUAAAGAGAAAGAUCUAUGGAUUUGUUAUUCAUCAUGUGGGAACAAGUCUGGAUAACUCCUCCUCCAUCCCUUCCUCUUGCAUCUCCAUGUCCUAGUUGCUUAAGCCCAUUAAGACAACUCAGGCCUCUCGACUGAAUUGUUUCAUUCUUAAUGUAACCAGCCCCUCCAUUUUCAUUGAAAAUGAUAUUUGCUUCAUUCUCAGAACAGCUAGUUUCUUCUAUCAGUAAAUCAUUUGAGAUUUUGCUUCCUUGCAAAAGAAAGAAAA